AUGCUUACUACCCUAAGAAGACUUCGAGGCGUGUUUCCACAGAGAAACCCUCCUGCGGAGACUAGCCCACCGCUGCAGACUUCUCCACGAACCAGCACCAGCUCCCCUCCGGAGAUUCGGUCGUCACUGCAGGACGAAGCAUUCGCCGUCAAAAUGCUGCUUGGAAGAUGCCAAGUCGCCAAAAAUGAUUACAAGUGCCCCUGCAAGAAUGGCAAAUCUGUUUCAAGAACAGGUGUGCUGGAUAAGACUGCGCUCUGCGAAGAAUGUAUCCAUCCCUUGUAUCUCCACGAUCAAUUCACAGAGAAAUCUCCCGCCGCUCCGACCUCUCUCCCCCCUCGGGUUCGCUUCUCGGAUUAUCCUCAAUAUUGCCCUCGAACGGACACCGUCCAAAAGAUAGCUACACUGCUUGACCAGGAGAAAAUUAUUCACAUCCGCGGAACCCCGGCAUCGGGGAAAUCAUUACUCGCCAAUUUUCUUUACGAAUAUUUCUUUUCUCGCAACCAAGAAGUCUAUCUCAUCGAUGAAUGGCCGCAGGAUAGAAAAGAAACCGCGUUGGAAUUGGUUCUCUCAGCCUGCUUGCCAGAGGGACGUAGAACUAUUGCCCAGCUAAUUCAGAGCAAUUUGAUCCUUAUUCUCGAUGAGUCACAAUACACGUAUAGCGAUUCUGGGCUCUGGUACAAAUUUCUCAAGAUCGCUGGAGGGAACGCGAGACCAGCGAACGGCGUUAGAGUAUGCCUUUUUAGCUCUUAUGGAAGUCCUACCACUGGCGCACCCCAAAUGGACUAUCCCGAGUCAAUCACGCCUCCUAUGUUUUCAAAUCAUCAACGCGUUUCUCUCGUGCCUUCUUCGGAACCGGGAUCGCCCGACAUUUCUUUGUUCUUCACAAGGGAAGAGUAUAAUGAUGUCGUGAUCAGAUAUUGUAAGAUGGCCAAAGAAUAUAUGAUCAACACCGACCUUGCGGAGUACGUAUUCAUGGCGACCAAUGGUCAUCCUGGGCUGGUGAUGGCCAUCAUGGAUUACAUCUUCGAUUUUUAUCGGUCGAAUCUUAAACGAAUUCGGAUAUCAAUCUUGACCAUGGACAACACGAGAGUGGCGUUGGUUGACAACAACAGGCUAUUCAGUUCGAUUGCCGAUCGGUUCGCCAGUCGCUCGCUCCCCAUUCGAGAAUUACUGGGGACAGAUGAAGGACCAAUCAUUGAUUCGCUUUUGAACGUCCUAAGACAUGGGUAUGCUCCGCUGACAUCCGAUGAUUACGGCCUCAACCGUUCGUUUAGGCGCGGAUUCGUACACACGACGCUCGAUCCUGACACGAGAGGGAUGAUAUGUGUCUUCCCCUCACCGCUCCAUGCUCGUUAUGUCGAGUUUAUGUACGGCCAAGGUGGUGGUGCCGCAUUUCCGAAGGAUCGAUUUCCGGGGAUCGAAGAUCUUUGUAAGGCUGUUGUGAAGGGGUUUUCACGCCGGAUUCUGUGCCAGAUCAGAGACGGACGUCGUCCGGGGACAUCAGGCCAACUGCGACCAUUGGAAGCGUCCUUCCAGGACGAAUUUUAUAGAUCGUUUUGGCGUGAAGUUCCGAACGGGGGUUUAAGCAGCGAAUGGAGCUUUGGUGGAAGCGGUCGCGUCGAUUUCUUUGUCAUCGGGCCAGGCUGGGGAGUGGAAUUGCUAAGGGAUGGUGACCGACUCGACCAACACUGUUCACGAUUCAAGGGAGGCGACGGCGCCUAUUAUGCGGACAUUGAAGCGGGAAUAAUGAAGGACUGGCUCAUACUGGAUUGUAGGCAUAACCAUCCGCGAACCCCGCGUCCAACCGAGCGACGGCUGUGGCGCCUCAUCUUCAGCAAUGAUUACAGUCGGGUCGAUAUCCUAGAUUGUGAGAACAAUGUUAUUGAACAAUAUGCUUUAGGAAACUGGUGA